AUGGCUCCUCUCUCUGGAGAUGGAGUGCUAUGGCUUUGCCUUGGUUUCACCCUCGUUUUUGCCGUUCGUGGCAUCAUCGAGGACCUUCGUCAUGUCGUUGGCCUGACCGAGAUUAAGCAUCUUGAGAAGGAAGACAAGAUAAUCAGUGAAGGAACAGAGGAUGUCCUUAAGCUGGACACUCUUCUGACCCUUUCUGAGAACACGAGCUAUGACCUCCGAUCCGCGGCUUUACGCAUCAUCUCAGAGAGGUCGCUCAGAGAAAAUACACGCGACUUGAUUUUGGAAGACCUGGCACACAAAAACAAGAUACCGCGAGACAGAGCGCUGACGGCUCUCUACUAUCUUGUCUCAGACCGAGCUCUAAACAAGAACACCGCGUGCUCCUAUCUGCAAGACCUCGAGACGUUUACCGCCCUGAUCACUUGUCUAUGCAACUUCCUCGACGAGCACACCGAACCAUGGUCCGCGACUAUCUCGCCCAUCCUGCCCAAGACCAGACCUCUCGGAGAGAACAAAGCUAUUGAGAUACUAUGGAUCCUCUUGCCGGGCAAUGUCUCCACCGCGCUGGAAGCAGGGAUAGUCAGCCGAUGGCUGACUAACUAUCCAUUUCCAUGCGCAGUUGACAAGGACCGAAAGGAUGAUGUGGUGCUUCUCGUGAAAGCCUGGUGGUCUGACGACGAAACAAUGAGUAAUAUCUUUGAGGUUUUGACCAGCCAUCGUGAGGGCAAUAAGCAACUCCGAAAGUACGGUCUGAAUGGCCCGAUCCCAGAAGACGAGGAUGACAACGAGGAUGAUCCCGAGCACGACGACGACCAGCACGAGGAGCAUGAGCAUGGUCAUGGGUAUGACGAUGAGCACACCGACGGCCAAGACGAUGUCGACUACGGUGACCAUGUCGAGCAUGAACAUGAGCAUGAGCAUGGAUAUGAGGACGAGCUUGACGACGACCAAGACGAUGUCGAUGACGAUGACUACGAUAUGGUCACGGAUCCUGACAUUCGUAUGGUGGGCGGAGAAGACACGGCUGGUCCAGAUUUCUAUGUUCCCUCGCGGUUCCAAUUCAGUGCCCAAGACCAAGCCUUGCGCCGCCGCCGGAGAGAAGCCAUGGUUCUUAGUGAAGGAGGUCACCCCUUAGGCCAUGAGGACAUUAUCCAGCGACCGAUCCUGGAUGACUGA